AUGGCAGCCACAGGUAUUCAGCUCGACAUGGAGGCACAGCUCAAGUCCAAGCAGCUUGAGGCGAGGCAGCUGCAGGCCAAGGUACAGGAAGUUCGCCUUCAAGCCCAGCAGCUUCGCAUCCAGCUGCAGGCCAUGGGUGCUCAAGACACCCUCGUCCCAUGCAAGCUCCAGGCCGGUGGCACCGAAGAACCCUCCGAGCUCCGUGCUCUCCUGGAGUGGCUGGUUGGAGCUGUGGACUUGCAGCGCCAAGUCAUCUUUGAGUGCGGUUGCGGCGAGGGAGAGGUCCAGGUUGGUGGUCGCCGGGUGACUCUGAAUCGCAUGGUGACCUGGCAGAUGGGGGAUUCCCUGAAGCUGUCUGUGCCGUUAGAGCUGCAGGCGGAGAUAGCGGGCAUGCUGAGCGAGGCUCGGCAACGAGGUCUUGAGGAGGCCUCCCUGCGCCUGGCGAAGAACUGGGAGCUCUUGGGGGCCGAGGUGGUCUCCAAUGCAGGCUCCCCGGAGCCUGCCAUCUUCCUCGUCCAUCGGGGAACAUCACAGGCGGUGGUCAUUGCAAAGUGGCCGUCCGUUGACUUCACGCAGCUGCCAGCAGGCUUCGAUCCGGAAAGCCAUUUUCUUUCCCAGAAGACCCCGAAUCCUGACGGCCCUGACGCGGCGACCUCGGCUCUGACCAUCUCCCAACCGGGUGACCGUGUAGAGGUGGAGUACGAGGGGCAUUGGUUCACGGGCACAUUGCAAUCUGUGGAUGGUGAUAUUGUGAACGUUGUCUGUGAUGUGGACUCUCCCGGUGUGAUCACAGUUGCUCCAAUUACGGCCGUGAGACCUGCACGGCCUUCGAAGCGGCUCCUGGAGGAUGCAGACAAGAAGCUGCGGCACAUGAGGGCCAGGUCCAUUGGCUGA